AUGUCGUUUAAUGACGGUGCAGUUAUCACGGGCUCCAGAAAUACUCUGAAUUUGGUUGCCACUCGCCAGAUUCCGUAUCCAAAGUUGGAAGAUGAUAUGAUCAUCAUUAAAGCCGUCGCUUACGCAGUUAAUCCAACCGAUUGGAAACACGUAUACCCCGAAGACUUCAUUGGCCACCAAUUAUCAGAAACCUUCAAGUAUGCUGGCUUGGGGAUUCAUUCUCUUGCCUGUGUGUUUGGCUCGAUGGGCUCCUACUUGGGAAAAUCUCUUGCUAGACCGCUCACGUUUUAUCAAAGGGGCAAUGUUGCCGGGUCCGAUGUUAGUGGUAUAGUAGAAGAAGUUGGUAAGAACGUUGAUACUUUUAAGAAAGGCGAUAUAGUGAACGCUUCUCUUCAUGGUGGCAUCAAUAAAAUUGGGGGGUUUUCUAAAUAUGUCAUGGUUAGUCCAAAUGCAACCGUCAAAUACCCAGUUGGUCAGUUAUCAGAUAAACCUUUGGAUAUUGGAGAGCAUCCAUGUGGCCCCAUUACUUCUUUUGAAUCAGCUGCUGCUGUUGGGGUUGGGCUCAAGACAAUUGCUCUAAGCUUUUAUUAUAACCUUGGAAUCCCGGUCGAUAAAUUGAAAAAUUCUAAUGAUUAUCUAUUGAUUUGGGGUGGUGCUACUGCUACAGGUAUAUUAGGUAUCCAAAUUGCCAAAUCAGUCUUUGACAUUAAAGUUAUCACUACUGCCUCGAAGAAAAACCACAGCUUCUUAUCUUCUUUAGGUGCUGAUGAAAUCUUUGAUUAUAAUGAUGAUGACGUUAUUGAGAAAUUGAAAAUCGCCGGUGGGGGGAAAAUCAAGUACGCUUUAGAUUGCGUUUCUAACCUAAAAACCCUUCAAUCAAUUUACGAUGCCACUGAAGGCACUAGUGACGUGACCAUUGAUAAUCUUUUGUUCCUCAAUGAAAAGUCAAUCACUACUAAUCCAAAAAGAAAAGUCAAAUUCACUUCCACUGAUGCUUACUUGGUUGAUGGUAGAAAACAUUUUGGCCAUGUUGCUUCUCCCAAAAUGUUAGAAGAGUAUCUCGACUUUUGGAAAAAAUAUGUCCCCUCCUUAAUCAAAACUAUCAAAGCUCCUCCUUUAAAAGUUUUACCAAGCGGGUUGCAAUCUGCAAAUGAAGGCUUGAAAAUGUUUAUUGACGGUAACGUUGCCGGCCAAAAAUUGGUAUUUAGAAACAAUUCUGAGUAA